CAGAUCCGUGCACGGAACCGAAGCGAACCCACUCAUCCACUCUUCUUUUUGGAAACAAGACGAACAAAGAUGCCGUUGCAAGAGCAACCAUUGCUCCGUCGGGCAUCCGGCACGGGCAAAAGCACGAGCACGAGCACGAGCAUCGGCACCGGCAUCAGCAUCCACCGCCGAGCGUUCUUCUGGAUGCUGUAUGCAGCGGUUUCGGCAUCGAGCCUCGUGUUGGAAAGCCGGGCAUGGACCACGACGGCAAUGGCGGGGGCGUCCUUUUCGAACAGCAUUGGAGCACCUGGUUCCUUGUCCAAGUCUUUGUCCUUGUUUGCGUCCACUUCUGCGUCCACUUCUGCGUCCACUUCUGCCCUGGCGGCAACGACCACGGAAGACCCCUGGUUUUCGUCUUCGUCCUCUUCGUCGUCUCCGGCCUUGGCCACCGAAACCGAGAGUGCUGGCAGCGUGGAGCGGCUCAAGAUCCAGCUGCUACAGCUGGGAGCGGCGCUGGACCGCGGGCAGGCCUACAACCCAACCUCUGGUUCGUACUACGAAGAAAACAUGAAGGUGGCGCGGGACAAGAUCGGCCAGCUCCUGGACGCCGCGGCGGAUGCCGGGGAUGCCGAUAAGGACGACGAUGUCGCCGACGACAUCGCCGACGGUGCCAACCAGCCCCCCACCCUUCCGAGGUCCCUCGCCGACAUGGACGGAGAGUGGGAACUCGUCCUGUCGACGGUCCCCCACGGAAUCUUCCGGAGCUCUCCCUUCUUUCUGGCCAUCCAGGAAUCCUACGAGUACGCCGAGUCCAAGACCUUCGAGGACGGGACCAGCAAGGCCGGGCUCUUCUUCAAGCUCCACGAGCUCCAGACCUGCUCGUGGGGCGUCUCCAAGGUCGGCCGGAUCGCCCAGCACAUCGACGCGCAGGGGGGCUACCUCUACAGCACCUUUGACACCUCCCUGUUUUCCCUGACGGUCGUCCCGGUCCUCGGUUGGUUCAAGCUCCUGCCGACCUUUGGGGGCUGCGUCGUCACGGCGGCCUCGUGCACCUGCUCCGGAAAAGAGAUGCUGCUGGAGCCCGACACCUUUGGCGGCCGCAGGGUUUCCCGCCUCGACAUGGUGGUCGACUACACGACCUCACGGAAAAUCGAGGGACUCGACGGCCUCCCGCUGCUGGGGGAUUUCAUCUGGAGGAUCAAGGUGCCCGUGGGGGCCAUCUGGAAGCUCCUCCCCUGGAACAAGGGGCGGGAGGCAACCUGCAAGGUCUACGUCAACUACUGCGACGGGGAUUUCCGCAUCGUCCAGGACGCGGACGGGGAGUUUUUUGUCUACACGAGGCCGGUGGUCCCGCGGCCGCUGGAGGUGUUUUGAGAAACAACAGACCGACCGUCCGAUCCACGAAUCGAAACGAAAACGAAAACGAAACGAAACGAAACGAAGCAAAGCAAAGCUAGCGGGCAGUGACGGAACGACCGAACGCGGCGCGAGAGAACCGCGUCGUGCCACCAAUGUCCUUGGUGCUUGCAAUCCUUCUCGCAGCUAGAGUAGAACAGUAUUAGUAUUAUUCAUUCAUUACC